AAAAGAAACCACACCUCAGACUGCACGCAUGCCACAUCGUUGGAGCGUGCGCGCGGGGCGCACACUGCUUAUCAGAGGAACACUUUCACCGUCCGGUAUAAAAGUCACUUUGAGCUGGAGCCUGAUACUGCCACGAAGCAUCCCAUUGAUAUUCUCUUGACCGAGGUGAACAUGGCUGAGGACAUUAAGACCAAGCUGGAGAAAUAUCACACUGCUCCCUUUGAUGCCAGAUUCCCCAACCAGAACCAGACCAACAACUGCUGGUCCAACUACCUGAACUUCCACCGCUGCCAGAAAGCUCUGGAUGCUAAAGGAGUAGACUCGGCCCCGUGUGACUGGUACAAGAGGGUCUUCCAAUCAAUCUGCCCCUUAUCCUGGAUCCAGAAAUGGGACGACCAGAGAAGCGAGGGGAUCUUUCCAGGGAAAAUCUAAAACAGCUGUCGGUCUGCAGAGAUGUAAACCUCUCAGCUAAACAUCUGUACUUGUGGCGGGGGGGGGGGGCCACGUGGCUGUAACUGAACCGUCAUUCCUCACAACUCUGCAUUAAAGCAUCUCAGGAUAUAUGU